AUGAAGUUCAUUUCAGCUGGGCUUGCCCUCCUUGCAAGCUUUCCCCUUGCCUUCUCCAUACCAACCGAAGCUCGGCCAUCAAAAGAGCUCCAACCGCCCAAAGGUUUCGCCAAGAUCCACGACUCUGACGGUGAGCACUGGCUCCAAGCCGUCAAAGCAGAAGCUGCCCGUCAGGAAGCCGCCGCCGCUUCUGUUCAUAAUGAAACCGAGGCCCUCGAGGCCAGAGACAGUUGGAUCUACCAGGUCCACGGCAUGUACACCGACAACCUCGUCAACGUCGGUGAUGUCGACACCUUCUACAUGCUCUGGACGCGCAUGUACGACUCCAGCGAUGACAGGGGCGGUCUCUCAGACAUCACUCGCAACGCAUGGAGCAAGUUCUGUAACAGCCCAUACGGUGGGAACGGCGGCGUGACCACCAGAUUCACUCUCGACGGCCAGUGGGGAGCCGUAGGCCGUCUCAGCGGCUGGUCGAUGCGCGACGCCCUGAUCCACUCCAUGUGGGAGACAGCCAACGCCAUUGGCAAGCACAACGGUUAUACCGUGUAUAACGGCUGCUAUGGUUUCACCUGGCAGGAGGGAACGCCAAACAAAGCCGACUCGGCAUGUGGAGGAAGAUCAGGCAAGCCUUGCCCAUACAACAAGGACUGUCCGUUGUCGGGCAUGGAGUGCACUGGUCUCAAAUGGGGCACCUGGCUUCCUAGCAUCAUCCGCAUGAAUGUCUAUAACCGUGACGGGUCGCUUCGUGCUGAUGCGUACCAGGCCAGAAUCUCUUCCCAGGCUCUUGGUACCGGUGGUUGUUCUAAGGCCCACUGGAUUAUCUUAGAAAUCAACAUCAAGUUUUAA